AUGAAUGUUCAGCGCGGCGAGGCGGCAACAUUUGAAGGCAUUCAGGAAUAUCCAAAACAGGUUGGACUGACGAAUAGGGACGGCCCAACGCUGGUUGUGCAAACCAAGCAGCGGUACCUGCGACGGCGGUUCAUCGGCCGAAUUCGAUUAGUGGAUGCACUGGUCGACGCUGAAAGCUUUACCCGCAGAGCUUAG